GAAUUACACACGUUGUGUCCACUUACCGUCACUCUCGUCGCUGUGCCGUCUCCUGGACAUUUUUCACUCCCUGUAAAUGUAAGAUAUUUCGACGAGAAGAUGAAUAUGAAACAAAUUAAGUGAAUCGGCUACACAAGCUUCUAGAUCAUUCAGCCUGGCCGCUACUAGGGCAGAAAAAUAAUAGCGGUCUGAUUCAAGUGAGGCACAUCCGGUGCAGUCAGGGGUCAACCGGAAAGUGCGUCGUCUUACAUCGCCCGAUGUUCACUGUAGGGGUUUCUGCUGCACGUUUGGUUUUAGUUGGACAUGAAAACUGUAUUUAUUGUCAUGUUUAAGACUUAAUAUUUAAUUUUUGUCAAGAUUGGGUAAACGCAGAAAACACUGAUGAUACAUUACUCCUGCAUGUUCAUACCACAAAGCUGAAAGAGCUCCCUCUAAAUUUUUACAAGUCUUGUCACUUAGCUAAAGACUGAUUCCUAGCUAACUAAAUAUCUAAAUAUAGAUAUUAGUUUUAAAAGCUGAAACAUGGCAGCGGAUAAUACACCUUGCUCAGAGUUCAUGGACUGGGAACUUGAUGCUUCGACAUCUAAUGGACUAAAACAGGAGAAGCAACUUUCUGCCUCACAAAGAAGGUACUACAGCUUCUGCAGGAGGAAGUCAUUUGCUGCCUUUGUGGCAUCCAAGAGGGAUAGCAGUCAGGAGGACGGGUCGUGGUGCUGCUGCGGUCAGACCUUCAAGGAACACUCUGCCAUUCACAAACAUGUGGCCAGGACUCAUGAUACUGAAAUACAGCAGUUCACACAGGCCACAUAUGAGCAUUUGUUAAGACAGCUGGAAGAAGAAUCAGAAACACAGCAACCAAACGAGCAUAAGGCAAAGCCGGUUGACAUUUCUGCAUGGAUACCUGAAACUGAUCACAUCUCUGAGGAGCAACUUCAAAAGGGUCCAGGCAAGGUUCUCCUCUAUUAUCGCUACUGUCAAGUGGAGGAUCCACAUGUUAUCUGUGCUUGGCAAAAAGCUUUGUGUGAGAAGCUCCAUUUAACUGGCAAGGUGAGGGUGGCGACCGAAGGCAUCAACGGAACAGUUGGUGGCAACAACAUGGCCACUGACAUUUACAUUGACGCAAUGCGUUCACACCCUCUCUUCAAGAUGGAUAAAGAGGAUUUUAAGAUAAGUGAUGGCGGCGCAGAGUGUUUUACAGACCUGAGGGUCGGGGUCUAUAAGGAAAUUGUACCAAUGGGAGUGGAUCCUGAUGUUAUUUCAUACCAACUGGCAGGAGUUCAUCUGGAGCCGGAGGAGUUUCAUAAAGAAGUGGAGACUCUUCUGGCUAAAGGAGAUUUGUGUAAUGACACCAUCCUCCUGGACUGCCGCAAUUUUUAUGAGAGUAAAAUUGGACAGUUUACUCGGUGUCUGGCCCCAAACAUCCGUAAAUUCAGCUACUUCCCGGACUACGUUGACCAGAACCUCGAACUGUUCCGAGACAAGAAGGUCUUGAUGUACUGCACAGGAGGGAUCCGCUGUGAACGCGCCUCUGCUUACCUCCGCUCGAAAGAUGUGUGUAAAGAGGUUUACCAGCUGAAAGGUGGAAUCCACAAGUACAUGGAGCAUUACCCUGAGGGUUUCUAUCGAGGGAAACUUUUUGUGUUUGAUGAACGGUACACCAUUUCCUCCAACGGCGACGUCAUCUCAGACUGUAGGUACUGCCACUGUCCCUGGGACGAGUACAAGCUCUGUUCCACACAGUUCUGCUGUCAGCUGGUUCUGUCCUGCCCAAGCUGCAGACAGGACGGACACACUGCCUGCUGCCCCACCUGCCAAACCAAAGGACAGGCUCAGAGCGAGACACCCCCCUCUCUUCCGCAUCACAAAGAAGAGUGCGAGUGCACUGAUGGACGACCCAGAAUCCCUGAGGAUGUGUAGCGAUGCAGAAGUUACAAUUGGACAUCAGUGCUUGCAGCCACAUAAAAAUGCUACACUAGUGUACAACUAGAAUUAGUUGUGCCCAGUAUAUUUUAAAGUUAUGAUAUUUUUAUAUGAAUCAAGUCAGAUUUAUUGUAUCUAAUGGGGUUAAUACUUCAUCUGUGUAACCGAUAUCACAUGAUAAAACCAUUCAUAAAUCAUCUUUUAUUGAAGAAAAUAUAAUAAUACAUGUGCAGAAUCCACAAGUUUUAUUACAAUGAAUUUGAUGAAUGUCUGUGCGUGUGCUUGUUUGUGUAAAACUGGGAUUUUAUCUUUUAUCAGUGCUUUGGCAAUUAUUUAUGUUAAUUACAUGUUUUUUUUUUGUUCUAAAUUAUAAUGGUUUCAUUGACAAUUUUAAAUUCAUGCUGCAUACAAACCAUGCAAUCUCAUGUUACUUAGACUGCAGGUGUUGCUUCAACUCUUUAAAACUCUUUACUUGGGAUGACAUAUUUUUUUUGAACAUGUGAGAUAAACACGUGUCAACAUGAAACCAUGCAAAAGCAGACCAAAAGUUGAGCAUGAGGAUUUUAAUCAUUGCGCCUUCAUGAAAUAAAGAUACAGUUGUAUUAUUUUA